AUGUUUGGAGCAGAGGAGGACGUCACCCUCUCUCAACUAGAUUUAAUACCAACCCAAUCGUUAUAUAAGGUGGAGGUCGAUGCAGAAUCAAAGCGGUUCGAAGAGCCAGUACAUUCUGCAGAAUUUGAAAAAAUGGUUGCAGACAGAAUUCCAGCAAACACACAGAAAAAUACGACCUGGGCGUGUAAUAUCUUUAAGGACUGGCGCACGUGGCGUUCUCUCACAAGUGUUGCAGCGGGUUUGCAGAGAUUCAUGCGUAAUGUCUGCAACCGACGUGAUGUAUGGCUGCUGAAAAAAGAUGACCCACAUUUCAAAAGCUUAAGGGAAGCGCUUGAGGCGCGACGAAAAACACUAUUUCGUCAAGGAAUCGGCACCAAUCCCAGCCGUGCUGAUCCCGUUGGUGUAGAUGAUGAGCAGCAGUUGUGGGAGACUGGUGUCAUAAGUACGGAGACCAGCUCGGGUCUCUCGUAUGCCGUUUAUUUUUACAAUGAAAAGAUUUUUGGUUUCCGUGCCAGGGAUGAGCAUGAUAAGUUAAUGGCAGAACAGUAUUCAUUUGGACAAGAGGGCGGCCGCAAAUACCUUCAGUAUAAUGGGCGACUUUCCAAAAACAUUACCGGUUCUCUCAGCUCUAGCGCCACCCCCAGAAUAAUCCGCCACUACGAAGAUCCUGACAAUGAGAGAUGCUUAGUUAAACUAUUUCAGAAAUAUUUGUCAUUGAUUCCACCAGUAGGUAGAUUCUACAGGCGGCCCUUGCCCGGAAAGGAUGGUUUCCCCUUGUUUAGUUCUCAACCAGUUGGUAUAAAUUUGUUAUCAGGGUACCUGCCCAAGAUGUUCCAAGAGGCUGGCAUAAAUAUGGAAGGCAGAAACAUUAGUGGACACAGCGGAAAGGUAACAUGCUGCACCGAGUUAUAUAAAGCUGGCUUUGACGAACAAACUAUCAAAAAACGAAGUGGCCAUUCUUCCGAUGCGGUGCGUAUCUACAAGAGGCCCUCUUUGGAAUUAGAACAGAGGGUGAGCGACGCCUUACAACCACCCAGACCUAAGCCUGCCCCUGCCGCGGCUUCAUCGUGCGUUUCAGUAACUUCAUCUUCAACCUAG